UUCAUAAUUGUUCACACCUUUAUAUUCUCUUUCUCUCUCUAUAACUCCUCGAACAUUCUUUUUAUCUGUUCGUAGUUGGGAAUCGGAAGAUUACUCAGAAAAUUCCCAUCUGUUCGAUCUAUAUCUCAUUUAUAUUAGCGGUUGACAUGAACUUUGAUAAGCAGCAGGAGUGAUGGAGAACGGUAGACUUGAAACCGACGUAUGUUCAUCAGAAACCGCGAAUGGAGGUAGAAACUUAUGGAGCUGUGAUGUGUCCGACGCUUCUUUACCCGAUCAUCUGGUUGUGAUGGUUCAUGGAAUUCUCGGAAGUGCUGACGAUUGGAAGUUCGGAGCUGAGCUAUUUGUGCACAAGCUACCUGAUAAACUAUUUGUUCAUUGUAGUGAGCGAAAUGUUGCUAAGCGUACAUUAGAUGGUGUGGAUAUAAUGGGUGAACGGUUGACAGAAGAGGUCCUUGAGGUGAUUAAACAGAAGCCAUACCUGCAGAAGAUUUCUUUUGUUACGCACUCUGUUGGAGGAUUGGUAGCAAGAUAUGCAAUUGGAAAACUGUUUAGACCUCUGCCUGUAGAAAUAACCAAUGAUAUAACAGGUCAACCCCGUGAAGAACUAUUUCUUAACGGUACAAUAGGAGGUCUAGAGCCAAUGAACUUUGUCACUGUUGCUACGCCACAUCUUGGUUCGAGGGGAAAUAAGCAGGUACCCUUUCUAUUUGGUGUUACUGCCAUCGAGAAAGUGGCUGGUCAUGUUAUUCAUUGGAUUUUUAGGAGAACAGGAAGGCAUCUUUUUCUUACCGAUAAGGAUGAAGGGAAGCCUCCAUUAUUGAGACAGAUGGUUGAAGAUCAUGGAGAUAAUUUAUUCAUGUCUGCCUUAUAUUCUUUUAAACGUCGAGUGGCAUAUGCUAAUGUUGGUUAUGACCAUAUAGUUGGUUGGAGGACAUCAUCAAUUAGACGUGAUAAUGAACUUCCAAAUUGGGAGCAGUCUUUGAAUGAGAAGUAUCCUCACAUUGUAUAUGAAGAAUUCUGUAAAGCUUUGGAUGUUCGGGAAGAUGUUUCUGCCUAUGAAUGCUCAGACAAGAUAGAAGAGGAACUUGUAACUUAUAUAUCACGGGUGUCAUGGGAAAAGGUUGAUGUCAGCUUCCAUAAUAGCAGACUGAGGUCUGCUGCCCAUAGUUUAAUCCAGGUGAAAGAUCAAAACAUGCAUUCAGAAGGAGCAGAUGUGAUACAACAUAUGAUAGAUCAUCUCAUUCUUUAGAUAUGCUUACCUGAGUUAUAUAUGUCUCAAAGAUCUUUUUCUAUGUCACUUGAACUACUAUAUAUAUUAUACACACUAAUGAAGUAAAUCUAGACAUUUUCUUAUAAUAUUGUAACUUCCAUUGUCAGUGUAAAAUAUAUGUAAAACAGUUUAUGCCAAAUAAUAGAAAUUACACUUUUGUAUUCUACUC